GAGGGCUGGUCACGUGACCGUCGUCCGGCGGCCACUCUCGCGGCGCCGCCUCGAGACCAUGCGAGCCGAAACGGGACAGGGGGUGCCUUAAGAAGCCCAGUUUGUGACACCAAGAUGAUCAUGCGAUGGUGACACUGGCAUCAAGGACUGGUUUCACCGCAGUGUUACAUUUCGCCGCAUCACUCUGCAUUUCGGAAAGCCGCAAUAAAACUGACAAUGUUCAGGCAGGCUGAGACUGGGAAGAGGCGCUUGAACCUCCAAGCCGUCACGCGAGUGAGGAGUGUGGAGGUGGCGCGCGGUCGGACUGGGUACGGCUUCACCCUGUCAGGCCAAGCCCCCUGUGUGCUGAGCUGCGUCCUCCGAGGCAGUCCCGCAGACUAUGUUGGCCUGCGGUCAGGAGAUCAAGUCCUGAGUGUGAACGAGAUCAAUGUGUCAAAGGCCUCCCAUGAGGAUGUGGUUAAGCUGAUUGGAAGGUGCUCGGGGGUCCUGCACCUGGUCGUUGCGGAGUGUCGCGGCCACCUAGACUCCUGCUCCAGUGAUGAGGAGCUUGGCCUCCACGAUGCCAAGAACCACUGGUUGAAGCCCAAGGUUGACUCAAAGACCCUGGGGAUCAACCGGGCUGAGAGGGUGGUCGCUGAGAUGCAGUCUGGGGGCAUUUUCAACAUGAUCUUUGAGAAUUCCAGCCAUUCCUCCAGUAGCUCAGAGAAGGCAGCUGCUCCCAAAGCAAGGCCGCUAUCAGAGCCAGACUGCUCUCACAGGGCCAGGAGUCACAGCUCAAAGAGUAACCCGGACUUGCUGUCUGAGGAAGAGAUGGCCAGAGUGCUUAACGAUGACUCAGUGUUUGUGGAGAUGUUUGAAAACCAGGAUGAUUUUGCUUUGGAUGCGAGCAUCCUCAAUGUAGGCAUGAUCGUUGGGUACCUUGGCUCCAUUGAGUUGGCUUCCACAAGUUCCAACCUGGAGAACGACAGCCUUCAGGCGAUCCGCGGCUGCAUGAGGCGCCUUAGGGCUGAGCAGAAGAUCCACUCGCUGGUGAUGAUGAAAAUCAUGCACGAUUGCAUCCAGCUGUGCAAUGACAAGGGCACCAUUCUGGCUACGUACCCAGCGGAGAAGCUGGCGUUCAGCGCGGUAUGCCCCGAUGACAGGAGGUUCUUUGGCCUGGUCACUAUGCAGGUUUCAGAUGACCACAACCUGGUGAGAGAGGAAGACGGUGGCCUGAGGACCUCUUGUCACGUCUUCAUUGUAGACCCAGAACUGUGUCAUCACAAGAUCCACCAGGGCAUCGCACGGCGGUUCGGUUUUGAGUGCACCCCAGACCCAGACACCAACGGUUGCCUCGAGUUCCCGCCAACCUCCCAGCCCCUUCUGCAGUUUGUCUCGGUGCUGUACCGCGACAUGGGGGAGUCUAUCGAAGGAAUGAGGGCCCGCGCCUUCUUAGACGGUGAUGCAGACGGACAGCAGAACAACAGCACCAGUAGCAACAGUGACAGCGGUAUUGGAAACUUCCUUCCAGAGGAGAAGAACAACCGGGUGCUCCUGGUGGACUUAGGGAGCAAUCCCGGGAGACACGUUCCCAACGGCCUGUGGGAGAACCCGCCGGCCAGAACCCCGGGACAGCCGACCGCACAUUGGAACGGCUAUCGCUACGACCACCUCUCAGAGCUAGGUCACCCAGAUCCGUCUCAGCUCUCGGGCCGACAUCUAGGUCCUGCUGGCCGGAUGGAGGUCCCAGCUCCUCCCCCGAGAGCCCACUACCCUCACGCCAAAAAGACAGGCGUGGCCGGGGCCGCCCAAGGUGGUGGCCAGCGCUGGCUCCCUGUGCAUGUCCUGCGGGACUGGCAGCAGGGCAUCAGCAGCGACCAGGAGUCCUACGCCGAGUCCACGGAUGGCUGGUCUAGUGCUAACUGCAGUACCCUGCCUCCGCCAAUGAGUAAGAUCCCUGCAGACCGGUACCGGGCGGCUGGGGAAAUUGCCCAGCCUUCCAGGCUCACUGCACAGAAGGAUGAGUGGGCUAAGAAGCUCUUUGGAGCAGACAAGGCCUUCAGGGACCACCAGCAUGGAAGGCGCUCAAAAGAUGAGGAAAAGAAGGAGAAGGGCUCACGGUUCGGGAGCGUCGCCGUGGGCCUCCCCCAGCCACCCCAGCGCUCCUCCGCUAAGCGCUCUCUGAGCCGCUUCAAGAGACUGAGCCUGGCACGGUCCCUGGAUGACCUGGAGUCCACGGCGGUCUCCGAUGGAGAGCUGACCGGUGUGGAUCUGAAGGGCUGUGGCAGUGAGAACAGCCUCAGCAGCAACACCAGCCUACCCAGCGUGCAAAGCCACCGGCGGCACACGGAGCGCCGAGUCGCCAGCUGGGCCGUCUGCUUUGAGCGCCUGCUACAGGACCCCGUGGGCGUCCGCUAUUUCUCCGAAUUUCUGAAAAAGGAGUUCAGUGAGGAAAAUAUCUUGUUCUGGCAGGCCUGUGAGUUCUUCAGCCAUGUGCCUGAAAACGAUAAGAAACAGUUGUCCCAGCGGGCCCGUGAGAUCUAUAAUAGCUUCCUGUCCAGCAAAGCCACCACGCCUGUCAACAUCGACAGCCAGGCUCAGCUGGCGGACGACAUCCUCAAUGCCCCACGGCCGGACAUGUUCAAGGAGCAGCAGCUGCAGAUCUUCAACCUCAUGAAGUUUGACAGCUACACCCGCUUCCUCAAGUCCUUCCUGUACCAGGAGUGCAUGCUGGCCGAAGUGGAAGGACGUUCCCUUCCAGACCCGCAGCAGGUCCCCAGCAGCCCCACGUCAAAGCACAGCACCAGCUCUGACCGCUCCAACCUCUCCACACCCAAGAAGGAUGACAAGAAGUCCAAAUCCGGCCGCUCGUUGAACGACGACAGCAGAGAUGACCACGGAGAUAAGAAGAAAGGGAGUUUUUUCUCUUGGUCCCGGAACAGGAGCUUUGGAAAGGGCCCCAAGAAAAGAGACCUGGGAGACUUCAGCUACAAUUUUUCCGGAAGCAAUGGAAGGCGGGAAUCACAGGGCUCUUUGUCCUCCGGUGCAAGCGUGGAACUGGGCACCCCUAACGCAGGGGGGAAGACUGAGGGCGACGCCUCCAGAAACUCGACGUCCCAGAGGCAAUGCACCGUGAACCUUCCCGACGGCACCUGCUGCAACGUGCCUGUCCGCCCCGGAGUGUCUGUCAGGGAGGUGCUCAUGGGUCUGUGUGAGAAGCUGUCUAUCAACCUGGCUGCUGUGGACCUCUUCUUGGUCGGGGGAGAGAAGCCUCUGGUCUUGGACCAAGACUGCAUGACUCUGAGCUCACGGGACCUAAGGUUGGAAAAACGCACUUUGUUCAGAUUGGACCUUGUGCCCAUUAAUCGAUCUGUCGGACUCAAAGCUAAACCCACCAAACCCGUUACGGAAGUUCUGCGCCCCGUUGUCGCCAAGUAUGGCCUUCACUUGAAUGACCUGGUGGCCAAAAUUAGUGGGGAGAAAGAUCCCCUGGACCUUGGUUUGCCCAUCUCCAACCUGGAUGGCCUGAGGGUUGUGUUGGAUGUUGCAGAUCACACCACAGGCAAAGAUAAACAGAAACUUGUUUCUCCAAAAGGCCACACUGCACCCGUGAUGCCCGGAGGUCCAUCCACAGGGGAUGAGAAAUCAGCAGGGAGAGCCAGAGGGGAAAACGGCAAGGCGGCCCGGGAGGCGCGCCAAGUCAGACACGACGAAUCAGUUGAGAAAGUGGAAAAGAGAAAGCAGAAAAAGAUUAAUAUAGAUGAAGCUGAAGAGUUCUUUGAGCUCAUAUCCAAAGCUCAGAGCAACCGGGCCGACGACCAGCGGGGCCUUCUGAACAAGGAGGACCUGGUGCUGCCGGACUUCCUGAGGCUGGCACCCGAACCCGCCUGCUCCACACCGCAGCACGCCCAGGAGAACGGAGGUGGCCCUGGCCGUGCUCAUCGCUCCGCCCUCAGUGCCAGCCACCAGUCCCAGAGCCUGGACUCCACGCUCACCGGCAGUGAUACCAAGGAGCCUCUGGCCAACCGGCGGGCCCUCCUGCCCCCCGGUGGCAGCCGAGCCAAGCCACCUUUCACCACACCCCUCCCCCCUGUCCCCUAUGCUGCGGACUCCUCCUGGUGCGGUGAAACUGCUGUCCGGACAGUGGACGAUGACAAUGUAGCGGACUUGACUCUGGUCGGAGAAGGGGACAUCAACAGUCCUAACAGCACUCUCCUGCCCCCCACCCUCAAGUCCACUUCUCAGCAGGGCAGGGUCCUGGAAGCCAGCUUGACGUCCCAGUCACCCUGCCACAACACUGAGGGAAGCUAUGUGGAUGUGCGGUCCAGCUCAGGUAUUUCCGGAGUGUGACCUCUCUGUGUGCCGAGUGCAUUGCCAUGGAUUCCGUUCACCUUGAGGGGCGGUGCCAACUCUUACAGCCCUUCACACUUACUUACAUGCACUUUACACUGAGCAAACAAAGACUUCUCUCAUUCAUUUUCAUAUAUUUUUGUCCACUAACUACAGCUGACUCAACCAGAUUGUUUUCCAUUUAAUGAUGAGUGAAAAACAUCAGCGGUAUAGUAAAAGAGAAGUAUGAGGCAGUGUGAACCUGUGGCAGACAUAGUGGUCAGUGUGGCGUCAACUGAGCUCCUGCAGACACCUUCUGAGAAGUGGCCCUGGAGUCACCGUGCUUAAUUCCCUGUGCCUGUUCGUGAAAAAGCUCCGGGAACAGGUGACCCGGGGUAACAAGAAGCUGCGACUGGCCUUUGUCCUUUUGUCCUUUGUACGUAGCCGGCGUAUCGGUAUCUUGAUAGGGUGCACGUAGACCCAGGAGAACCCUCUCCGGGGUGCCACAGCACCCAAAUGGCAGGAAAAAAGCUGGACCUCAUCGUUCAAAGGCUUGUGCUCAUGUUUUUCUGAAGUUUCCCAUGACUGUCAACUUUGAUGACAAUGUCACUUCCUUUAAACACGAUUGAUCUACAUUCUGGUACACUGGCUCCUCGUGUUACACAUUUCUGAAGAUGCAAACACUUCCUGAUGUAUUUAUUUAUUAUAAUUGCAUUUUCUAAAAUUGUGUCAAAUGAGUACGCUCCUAAAAUACCUGGUUCUUGCGGAGUCAAAGCAGACCCAUAUUCACGCACUCAGCUCACAGGUGCCAGUAAAACUCACCCAAACACUAAAAAAAAAAAAAAAAGUGUGGGGUCAAAAAAGUUCAGCUCACUUCUCCAGUGUUUACAGCUUGCGUCUGGUGUUUGUGAAUGUUGGUGAUCCAUAAAAAGACCUUUUACGGGUUGUGACUUGGAGUUACGAACAAAACAAAUUACGAACAGAAUUCCAGUUCCAGUUGUGUUCGUAAGAUGAGGAGCCACUGUCUUUUUUGUCUUGUUUAAAAACUUUUUCCUGUUCCUUCUGCGAGUCAAAUGCAAUUCAACAAUGUCUGCAAACUGCUCUACAUUCCAUUAUGUACUGAAACUAAAAUGUGUUAAGUUCACUCCAAGCCCAUAGAUCGUAAAUAAAUGGGAUUUCUUAUUUUAUGUACGUGAUCCUGUAAUAUAUUCCUGAGAACUCAAAUAAUUUAUCUUUGUUGUUUCUAUUCCUGUGCAGAGUGAAAUGUACUAAUAAUGUACAUACAGUAAAUAGAGUACCAAUACCAUUGUUGAAUUGCAAACUAUUUUUUUCUAGAUCCUUCUUGUUCUCAGUAGA